AGGUUUUGUAUUUUAUUUUAUUAAAAUUUAUAUAAUUUUUUUAUAUUUCUUUAGUUUAAGAGAAAUAAGAGCCGCCAUCACAGUUUUCCCGAAGUUUUUAACAAGCACCGCGAAAAAGGCCGAGAGCCGCGCGACGUGCCCGAACAUUAAACUUUUAAUUUAAAUUUAUUUAAUUUUUUAAUGCAACUUUUAAUUAAUUUUACUUUUUGUACAACUUUUAAAUUUUGUAUCGCAAUUUAUUCAUCACACCUAUUAAAAAUUGUAAAUGCUAUCGAUGUCGAUCUGAUUGAUAUUUUUCGACGUAGAAAAGUUAACGACGCCAUCGACGUCGAGUCAGUGUCUUAUCAUUUCUCCAUGGGUGGGCUGUGCACAUGCCAGCAUUUUCUCCCGCGAUACCAGCGUGUUGCAAAAAGACUUUCAAACGAUAAAUACUUUUGCUAGUGCACAUGUACUGAUAUGCACCAGCCAGUACAAACCAUUCGUGUAUGUCAGUGCAUGUGCACCAGCAAAACGUUUUCUGUUUUACAAGUAAUUUUAUGUUUUGAAAUAGAAGAUGUAGAUAACUAUAUAAAAAUUUACACGCGCACGUUUUGUUGUGAUUAAAGCAAUUUUGCUUUAAAAGCAAUUUUACAAUAGCGUAAGUGUAGUGGUUAGUAGUUGUAAAUGUAAGUAUUGCAAAGCACAGUUUUCAUCCAUUAAUAUUAGUUUUAUCUUUAACCUUGUUAUAUAAGUAGGAAGUUAAACUGAGAUUAAAGUUAAUUAUUGAUCGAAAUGGACAUAUAAAUAAAAAUAUAAUUACUUCUUAUAAACACUUACAAGUUUAUAAUUGCUGUUGUAUUACAACAGCUCGAAUAGCUGUGCAACAGUUUGUACAUUACUCUUUAAGCUCCCAGUGUUACAUUGAAUUCAUCUAUAUAACCUACAUUUUCUUUAAAAUAACAGUUUGCCAAUUGUUAUCAAAAGUUAUAUACAAAAUGCUGCAAAGGUUAAAUCGCGUCACAAAUUGCAACAGAAUUCUUCAAAGAGCUGUUCUACAUAAAAAUGUUUAUCCAGCACGUAAGAGUGAAAAUAGUGUGCAAAUUGUCAGGAAGGUAACAAUAAUGUCACCAUUUACUGCAAUGGGAAUUUGGGAAGUCACAAAAAACAAUAGCCAAGAUGAAGACAAAAUCCAAAUUGCAACAAAGGAACUUCUUACUAAAGCAGAUAUGCUUUUUGAUCAGGGAGACUAUAGAGGUAUAUACAAUCUUCUGUCAAACUAUAAGGAUAAGAAAGACGUUGAAAUCUUGUGGCGUUUAAGUAGAGCCAUUUAUGAAAUGUCUAAAAUGGCCAGUGAUGUUGAAGGACAAAAGUUAACUUAUGAGGGAUACAAUUUGCUAUGUACAGCUCUUGAGAUUCAAGAAGAUCAUUAUGCUGUGCAUAAGUGGAUGUCUGCAUUUCUUAAUAGUAAAAGUAUUUUAGAAGGUACAAAGAUACGUAUAAAAGAAUCGUACAACAUAAAGAAGCAUAUACUGAGAGCAUUGGAAUUAAAACCUGGUGAUGCAAUGUUAUUUUACAUGAUUGGAUGCUGGUGCUACGAGAUUGCAAAUAUGCCAUGGUAUCAACGAAAAAUAGCAUCUAUCGUAUUUGCAGAACCACCAACUUCGUCCUGGGAAGAAUCGUUGUCAUAUUUUGAAAAUGCUGAGAAAAAUGAUCCAAAUUUUUAUAGUCGCAAUCUCCUGAUGUUAGGAAAGACAUAUUUAAAAUUGAAUCGUAAGGAAGACGCGAUAAAAUAUUUGAAAAAAGCCGCUGAAUUUCAUGCAAAGAAUGAUGAGGACCAAAAAACAAAACAAGAAGCACAAAAGAUAUUAAAUAGUAUUUAAAAACAGGGCAUGUAGAUAAAUACCUUCAAAUUGUAUUUUUUAUAUUAGAAAAUAUUAUUUAGUAGAUAUUUUUAUUAUUAUUUAAGAGAUAAAUUUAAUGUAUAAUAUUCUUACGACACAUUAGAAUGAUUAUAUGCUAUACUACAUUAUAAUUUUAUACUUAUAUAAUUGACAAGAUCAUCAUGUAUAAUAAUAAUAUAUGCUAAGUUUACAUUU